AUGUCUGCUGCUCAGCCCGUUCAAAUUCAGGGUUCGGGUAUUCUAGUACCGCUUCGAGAAGAAGCCGUGACAAGCUCGAAGAGCGUCAAAGAAGUCCUUGAGCGAGGAGAAAGGAACAGAAGGACAACUAGCACUGACCGGAAUGAGCGGAGUAGUCGAAGUCACAGCGUAUUCCGACUUGUAGUGGAGAGCAGAGAAAGGGGAGAGAAAAGGAACGAGACACCAAGCGGCCGUCAAACUCCCAGCACGCGCCCAUCGACACCUGGCGGUCCUCGACUACAGACCAUCGGAGGAAGAGGCGUGCAGACUUCGGUGCUGGUGGUUUUCAUUUCUCUUUUCGGUCUGCCAUCUCGCAGACAGUCUGUAUACCUGUGCAUAAACCGCCUAAGCCCAGAUUAUGUUGGUGUUGGACUGGGUAUCGGCGAGAGCCUGCUCAUCAAAGCCAUCAGCGAGUCCACAGGACGCGGCGGCCUUGCAACAGUCAAAGCAGACCUCAAGAAAGAAGGCGAUCUCGGGCUCGUGGCAAUGAACUCCAAAAACAGUCAGAAGACGCUCUUUAAACCCAAGCCUCUUACAGUUCCUUUCGACUUACGGGAGGUUGCAUUGUCAUCUGGACAUUCGUCCCAGGCAAAGAAGGUAUCAAUUAUCACAAAGCUCCUCGCCGCAUGCCAGGACUUCGAGGCGAAGUACAUUGUGCGCAGUCUGGAAGGUAACAUUUCUUACGUAUUAAUAUUGCCGCUGCCUCUAUGGUAA